AUGAACAAGAGGGGCUUUGAUAGCAAUGCCACAGGGGCGCGCGCGCUCCUCCGCCACUCUAUACCUUUCUCCCCCGGCAGGCUCUCGGUCGGCCGUAGGCAGAGGCGGCGGGUAGGGAGUCGGCCUGUCCGCUCCUCACCCUGCGGGCGGCCCGGGCGGCCUCUGCGGCCGGCGCGCGAGCCCUUUAAGAGCUCCACCAGCCGAGCUGCAUCCCCGGGAGAAGCCAAGAAGGUAAAUAGCAGCUGCUGUGCUGGAGCCUGGGAAAACCCCGCCCCCUGCGCCUGGCCUGGGCUCAUUGGCGCGCGCUGCGUGUGGGGUGUGUGUGCAUGUGUGUGUGCGUGCGUGUGUGUGUGUGUGUCCGGGGGCCCCCCCUCCUCCGGCCCGGGCGAGCCAAGAAUCCGUGGGGGUGGCGGGUCGGGAGCCGGGCCCCGCGCUAACCUCCCCUCCUCCCCCAGCCCCCGGCCAAGGUCAGCCCUUCCGGGCAGGAGAGCGCUCGCCCCAGGGUGGCGAGCUGGGAAUUCGUCCCAACACCCGCCCUCCUCCCACCACCACCACCACCACCACCACCCCCAGCCAGCCUGGACUCCGAUCUUGGGGUUUGAGCGCGGCCGAAACCUCCUCGGCGACUGCGGCGGGGGUGGAGUGGGGGGAGGGACCCGGGUGGCCGCCGCGGUCACGAGAUGCCUGACCGCACUUAGGAAGCGGCCGGGUCAGCCUCCUGCCUCCGCUCAGCGGCUGCGGUUACAGAGGCUUCGCGCCGCCCGCCCGCCCGCCCCUUCCCCGGCUCCCUCGCUGCGUCCAGGAGGCCGCCGGCGGACGGCGGGGACGAGACGGGCGGCUGCGUGCUGCCGGCUGGCCGGGCCGCGCGCCGGGAGGAGUCGCCGCGGCCGCCGCCGGGUGCCACGUGGCGGGCGCCGGGCCGGGAGCGCCAGGGCUCUGGCGGCGGCCUCCCUGGGGGAUUUGCCGCACGGCGCGGGCGAUCUGGUCCCGGAUGAGAUGAAGUGGUUCGUUGACUGCACGACCUUGGCCUGGACCAAUGGGCCUGCCAGGGUUGCUGCCUUGCCAAGAGCUAUCCUGGUAGGGUGAUUGAAAGAGCUUUGACCCUUUCAGACUCCGUGAGAAAAAUGAAGCCCAAGAGAGAAGAGACGUGUUUGCCUUUCCUCCGGGGCGGCAGCCAGCUCCUUGCAGCUGGGAGUGUCCAGAGAUACUUUCGACAUUCCAGGCAUCCUGUGCCUGCAUGUUCAUCUGUGGGUGCUUCCUGGCGACACCACACCUGAGCUAGAAUAAGAGUCUUGGAACUCAUCACAGAAUUCCCGAGCAGAGCUUCUCAUCAGCUGAACAGUCCCUGAAAAGGAGUUGGAAUUUCUUCUUCUAUAUGCCCCUUUAUGUCCAGCAGGUGUCUAAUAAAUAU